CUCUAAACAAGACGAAGCUGACAGUGUACAUGUCCGUGUCGGUCAGCGCCAUAAACAUGGCGCCGUUGGCUAUGGGGUCGGCCUCCCAGGUCGAGAUGGUGGGCUCGACGGAGUAGGUACUGUGCCACUCCCUCGGCCUGCUGCUCUGCAGCCGCAGCGACACGGCAGGCUACGAUUAGAGGUGGCCCAGGGACCCAUGGACGCCGGCCUCGGCCCAGCGCGUUGGCUGUUGGUUGAUGUCGACGAACUCGGGCAGUCUGGGGUGCUGCGGGCUCCCAGCAUGUUGGCCAGCACAGUCGCGUACCAAAUCAUCUGGUCGGCCAUGUGGCGGAUCGAGCUGCGCUCCUCAGUGUCGGUGUCGUGUGCCUCCCACUCGUCCCCGGAGAAGAUGGCCAGCCCCCAGAGGGGGAGGUCGAGCUUGAUCCACUGGUGGCACAGCGCCAACGCUCUGCACCUGCUGGCCGUCGGCAGGGUGUCGCACGGCCCCGGAGGGGACAGCUUGGCCUCGUUGGUUGCCGACAGCACUUGGGGGGCGGAGGACACGGCACCCACCGACUGGUGCUCCACGCCCGUCCAAAAAAGGCACGGCACCAUUCGGCUGGUGCCCGCACCAAAAUCAAUCGCCCGCCAAGCACCACUCGACUGGUGCCCGCCACACAAAUUAAACGCCCACCCGUGGCACGACUGGUGCUUAAAUUUACCAGCGUUCCAUUUGGUUAAAUGCAAAAAGCUUCGUGGUGCAGUGGUUUCGCACCAGGCCGGUCCCGCCAGGACCACGGUGUUAUAUUACCCCCGAUGUUUUCCUAUGUUAAUUACGUUAAUUUAUAAAGUUACUAGUUUAAUUCCCCGUAUUGUACGGUCGUUGGCACGGCCGUUCCUUUUUGCACCGGUUAACAAACAGAUCCAGGCAUAA